GAUAACUAAGAAUACUUUCCAACAUAAUGGAUGGAAUCAUACGAGAGGGAGGCAAAAUUACAAGCCCAAUUGGGGAGACGAUUGGAAGAAGUCCAGAUCUGGAGGGAGAGCAAGAAGUUGGUGCUCUUCUUCUUCCUCCUCUUCUUCCUCCUCCUCGCAAAGGAAACGGAAAGCAAGAAAGGCGGCGGCGGAGGAGAUGGAGGGAGAGUGCUGGGCGUGAACCUGACCCAAGCAGAGCACUCAGAACAGAUGUUCAUGAAAUGGGUGCUCUUCGUGGGCAGCCUGAAGCACUCUCUCUUCAAGGCCGCCGCCAUGAACAGGCUCUUCCCAGCCAUUGUCCUCACGGUGGACAACAACCUUGCCCGUGGCGGCGGCGGCGACUUCGCAUCCAUUCAGGAGGCCGUCGACUCUCUUCCUUUCAUUAAUAUCCUCCGCGUCGUCAUCAAUGUCCAUGCAGGCGUUUAUACGGAGAAAGUGACAAUACCACCAACAAAAUCAUUUAUCACAAUACAAGGGGCCGGGGCGGAGUGUACGGUGGUGCAGUGGGGUGACACGGCCCAAACCAUUGGCCCAAAUGGGAGGCCUUUUGGUACCUAUGGCUCUGCAACUUUUGCCGUCAACUCUCCCUUCUUCAUAGCCAAAAACAUCACUUUCAAGAAUACGACGCCGGUGCCGCCGCCGGGAGCAAUAGGGAAACAGGCGGUGGCGUUUAGGAUAUCGGCGGACACGGCGGCGUUCGUGGGGUGCAGAUUUUUGGGGGCGCAGGACACGCUGUAUGACCACAUUGGAAGGCAUUACUACAAAGAUUGUUAUAUUGAAGGCUCCGUUGACUUCAUUUUUGGGAAUGGCCUUUCUCUCUUUGAGGACGGUAUUUUAUGGGCAAUACAAGUGCAGUGGGCCAGGGUCAAAUUAUGCAGGAAGAGUUUCAUGGUGUAGAGAGCUAACAGACGAGGAAGCUAAGCCUUUUAUUUCACUUAGUUUCAUUGAUGGCUCUGAAUGGCUCAGACUCUAAUCCAUCCAUCUACUAUACAUAUACCUACUCACCAACACAUGGAAAUUUAUUUACACGUACACAUUCCGCUGUGCCGGUGGAGACCGUACCGGGACCAAAUCAUAUAACUCUUUGGUACGAAUACUCCGGCCUGCCCUUCUUGCAGACCUUAGCUUGCUCUGAACGGGCUGAGGGUUUUCCAAUCAAUGUGCUAAUGGAGAAAUUCAGGACCUCGCCAGCCUGCCCUUCUUGCUCAGUUUGAGAUGAACUGGCUGAUGUCGAGAUCACUAGCUACUAUGCCGGUGGUGAUCGGGACCAAAUCGUGAUCUCUAGCCUGCCCUUGUUGCUGACCUUGCUCUGAAGAGUGUGUUUGGAGGCUUCGAGGCACGGGGAAGGUGAGAUUACUGUAGAUCUCACCUCUUUAAGGCAAGGUCAGUAAG